AUGCCCUUGCGACAGUUCCCUGGCCAUAAAGGAGGCGUAAAUGCAGUCGCAAUUUUCCCUGAUAAACGACGGAUGGUUACGGGUUCGGAGGACAAGACACUUCGUCUGUGGGACUUGAAGACAGGUGUUGUUUUGAAGCAUAUGGAAGGGCACCGCAGUGGGGUGUUGAGAUUGGCAGUAUCACGAGAUGGACAAUUGAUAUCAAGCGGUGGUGAAGAUGGAGAGGUCAUUGUUUGGCACGGAGAAACUGGAAAACCACUCACCCAACCCAUCGAAGCCCACUCCAAGGGGAUCACAUCGCUGGAUUUUUCUCCCGAUGGAACAGUGCUGAUCACUGGAAGUUCAUGUGACAGAAUGAUGAAACUGUGGAAUACCAAAACCUGGGAGCAGCAAGGAAAUCCAAUACAGUGUGGUAGAAAUGUCAAUUGCAUGCGGUAUUCACCAUCUGGAGAAUUUCUUGCCGUUGCAACAUAUGACAAUGUCGAAAUCUACAAUUCAAGCACGAGGGAACGCGUCGCGUCCUUCAAGGCUCACACAGAAUUGGCCUUGUCACUUGCGUGGACGCCUGAUGGCACACGCCUUCUCACAGGUGGCAGUUCGGGCGAUGCUACCAUGCGCGAAUGGGACACGACAACGUGGAAGCAAGUCGGUGAUCCCUGGACAGGGCACACUAGCCAAAUCAAUGCCAUUGCCAUUCAUCCUGCUGGAAAACUCGUCGCCUCCGCAUCUGGUGACCGCCAUAUCCGUCUCUGGCAGCUCUCAGAUGGACAUACCAUUACCAUCUUCAAGCACUCCUGGACGCAGCACUCCUGGACCCAAUGUAUCACUUUUUCCGUGGACGGCAAUCGCAUCCUCAGCGGAGGUUACGAUAGGAUAAUCUCGGAGUGGGCAGUACCCCACAAUAUUCAUCUGAAGGCAUGUUUCCCUCCCGACUCAUAUAGCACAAUUCGAACAUAUCUUGUGCAGAUCAUAUCCAUCACAGCAGCCCACGAUGCAUGCAUAGAAGGGGAUUUAUCUACUGCCGAAGCUCUACUCACCCAAGAUAUCGACACCAAUCCCAAUAAUCAUAUUUCCUACGCCCAUCGCUCAUUCGUUUUAGCGCGAAAACGCAACUGGUACCUCGCCCUUCGGGACGCAAUCAAAGUGAGAUUCACCGACCCAUCAUUUCCCCCUUACAUUCAGCCCUCAUUGACGGGCUAUAUCUCCAAGGGUAUCGCCCUCUGCGGAAAUGGCCGUGUCCCAGAUGCGAGGGCAGCAUUUGAUGUUGCAUCAAUGUACACGGACCGAGAUCCACAAAUCCUCCAUUUAUUGCUCUUGAUCAAAGCCAUCGCGCUCUUCAAUGCGAAUCAACAAGAAGAAGCAAACGUGCUCCUUAAAGAACUCGCUGCCGGUUGUCCGAAUGCUGAUACUCUCGCGUGUCUUGUCGUGCAAGCAUAUUUACGCGUUCAACUCGGACUCAAAGCCUUGGAUGACGCACGUCACGAGGAAGCCGCUGACUAUUUCACUGCCGCUCUCGACUCCGGCGCUUUAUCGUCGAAAGUGAAGGAUCUCACUGUCAGAGUCGCAUCCCCAGUCUUUCAUGGAAUUACCCUAGAGGACUCCACUCAGAAUCAAGAAAAUAAAAAAAUAUCAUCGAAACCGGACAUUCAUGAGGCCUCGACUCAGAAGCAAGAGAAUGAAAAGAUAUCAUCAAAGCCGGACAUUCAUGAAAUUUACGAGGACUUCGUGGUGCUUGUUCAGCUCUUCGGGUGGGAUCUCAAAUCUUUGCGGCUCACUGCACACCAGAAACGUUGUCAUGCACUCUUUCAGGCAGGUAAACUUCCAGAUGCCGUGAAAUCAUUUCGGUACAUGAUGUACAAUAUCGACGAAGCAACGAAGGCCAGCUGCCUUGAAUGGUCUAACAGCAAGUCUGGAGUUUGUAAUGUCAUGCAGGCUACAGGUCUCACCCCAUUUCAUUCAGCUUUUACGGAAGUAUGCGGCACACUCUGUCUUACCAACGGAGAUACUGCCCUUGCUGCACAUCGGUAUGAUAGGGCUUAUGACCUAUACUCGGCGGCGAUCUACCUGGGUUCUGUAUCCGAUGUUGUCUUCGCCAAUCGCAGCAGGGCAAAGUUAGGACAAAUGCUAUGGGAGGAUGCCCUCCUGGAUGCGCAUAAGGUCACCGAACUCAAUCCUUCGUCUCACGUUGGAUACCAAUUGACGCAUACAGCUCUACGUGGCGCAGAACGUUAUGACGAAGCUAUCAAUGCCUUUAAAAUCAUGUUGUCCAAGUUGGACGAGUCUCCCGACCCGCAGAUACGAGAUCUGCGUCAACAGUAUGUCUGUCCAUCCGAAGUAGAAGACGCUAUUCAAAGAGCUGUGUGGGUUGAACUGGAAUGCGUUCCACUACGUCUAAUCAAUACCUCCACGGGUCGUUUGUGUGAUAGAGCGGCACAGUUAAACUCCUUCAAGACGAGUGUACAGUAUAAGGAGUUUUUGUCAUUCACACCGAAACAUUCAGACCUCCAAAUGGACCGCAUCAAGAAUGUGGUAGCGAAGUACUUCCGCUGCGUCCUGCUAUCACACAGAUGGGAAGAGACGGAGGUGCUACUGCACGACAUCCAGAAUAAAGAUGUGCGCGAGUUGAAGGGAUUUGAUGGCAUCACAAAACUGCAGUCGUUUUGCAAAGUCGCUCGCAAUGCUGGGUAUCGCUGGGCGUGGAUGGACACAUGCUGCAUCGACAAGAAGAGCAAUACCGAGGUUCAAGAAUCAGUCAACUCCAUGUUCGUCUGGUACCGCCACUCAGCGCUUACCAUCGUCUACCUAUGCGAUGUUCCUCCUUCAUCCCAACCCGGUGCACUGGCGAAGAGUGUCUGGAACAAGCGAGGAUGGACUUUUCCAGAAUUUGUCGCUCCGAAAGUUGUGAUCUUCUAUCAGAAGGACUGGUCGUUAUAUCUCAACGAUCGCUCUCCCAACCACAAAGAAUCCCCUGCAAUCAUGAAGGAGUUGGAGGAUGCGACGGGCAUAGAUGCACGGGCCCUGGUUACCUUCCGUCCAGGGCUGAGAGGCGCCCGAGAGAAACUGCAAUGGACGUCGAAGCGCGUCACCACUGUGCAGGAAGACGUUGCAUAUUCAUUAUUUGGCAUCUUCGGCAUCACCCUACCUGUCAUUUAUGGCGAGAUGAAGCAGAACGCGCUUGGGCGGCUCCUGCAGGAGAUCGUGGCUCGGUCGGGUGACAUCACUGUCCUCGACUGGAUCGGACAACCUUCCGAGUUCAAUAGCUGUCUUCCAGCUCAUGUCACCUCUUAUAGCACUCCUCCACGCGCCCUUUCAUCUCUGUCCGAGGACCAUAUCCAUACACAAGUCACUUCGCUACGACAAACCGUGCCUACAGAUCUAGCAUUGAAAUUUUAUGACCAGCUUGAACAACUGAGAGCUCCUCGUUUUGCAAACUGCAGACUUGAUCUGCCUUGCAUGUCAUUCCGUGUGACGGAAGUCAGACGGAGGCGCGGUCUAGCCCAGGGGCCUCCCAUCACGUAUGCAAUCAAGGCAGACGGGCUCCACGACCUGCUAAUCACCACUGAAGAGACCCUAGUUCAGUUCUCACGGGAAAAGCCCAUUCAGCAGACGUUCUUACUUGUCCGACCAUGGGAUCGGCGUCUUCUCGGGGUGCCUGACUUCGCAGAGCAGCCUAAGUUCGAAGAUGAUACAGAGAGCAUAGGACCCGAGCUCGGGUCCCCGAUGGUCGACUCCCAAAUGAACGACUUUGACAAGUUACCUAGCGGUUCGCCUGUUGAUGAAGAAGAGCGAGCGUUGCGGUUGCUGGUUUGCAUCGGACAGCCUUUCGACGCAUUUUUGCUAGCGCAGCAGCGUGCCAGAGAAUACAAGAGGAUCGCAUCAGACCAUAAUAUCAUCGCAGAAGUCAAAAACAUUGCUUCGGUUAAUAACAUGAACACUGGUACUGUAGAAAUAGUCUAG